AUGUCUGAUCGUCUUCAUAGUGACAUGUUUACUUUCCUCGCAGAUGCUAGCGAUGCAUUUUCAGAACAUUUUCGUCCGGAUUUGGAGGCAUUGGCUGGACGUACUGGUUUGCCAUGGACACCUGGUCAAUUAGGUCCAGUCGCUGUUGUAUUUCAAGAGACUCAGCAUACUCUACCACUAGAUGAGCCUCGUGCAAUGGCUUCAGGGAAUAGUACUACAUGCAAUGAUCGUCUGGGAUCUGCUGAACCGUCUAACGAAAGGAUGUCUGCUUUAAGCUCCAGAUUUUUGACAGGACGUCUUGUGGCAAUAAGACGUAAUGCUAAUGCAUUCUCUUCACGUGUUUAUGUUGGGACACAAACUAAAGUUCCGUCAACAAAUUUCCAACCCCUAGCAUCUAUGGUUGCAUCUAUGAUACGUGAUAUACCUGUUAGAGCACCACGGAAGUUAAUUCAUAUCUUUCAUAUUCUUCAAGCUCUUAACACGCGUUUAUCAUCUGAUCUUCCGUGUUCAUCGCCAACAUUUGUUGAAGAAUAUUUUACCUGUCCGUGUAAAUGUACCAGUUGUGGUGUAAGGUGUUGUUUAAGUGUAAAUCACACAUCGAAUAAUGUGGCUCAUAAAGCGGAAUGCUUAGAUUCUAGUGGGAUCAAUACAACACCUUGUCGAUAUGAUCCAACACUACAAAACAAAUUAUAUUUCUGCAAACUGUGUUAUGCUUAUGGUCAAAGGACCAUGAUGGUUCCUAAAAGUGGAGAGUCAAAUGCUGUGUACUUUGCCAGUCAACUGAUUGCCAAAUGUUUUCAGAUCAAUACUGAUACAAUACAAAGUUAUUUUACAACUAACUGUUUACAACUUGCCUUAUUCAGUUUGAUAGAAAAUCAUUGA